CAUGCGGUAAUCUCUAAAUCAAUAGCACAAUGGAUCCUAGUGAUCACGAAUUCGGAUCCUUUCUGGCCAGCUAUGAAGAAUCUGAUACAGAGGAAGCCCCACGACCGAUAUCGGUCAACCCCAACAACCCUUAUCGUCAAAGCAACUUCAUGUCAUUCUCAGCUCAUGCUGUUCAGCCCCAAGACACAGCCAUCCGCCGCCGUCAGACGCAGACUCGUCCAGUCAAUGUGCAAGACUUUGAGCAAUCGUUUCAGAAUGACCAAAAGUCUCAUGAAUAUUUGGGGUAUUCACAUGACUCACCUCGAUCGACAUCGCCUGGACGAGACAUAGAUGGUCAGCUAGGUAGUCCUACUGCGCAAACUCCAGGUUCUCCUCCAUUCCUCACGAGACAUGUCAGUUUCAGUCGACAACAAAGCUAUCGAAAUCCAUCUGUAACAUCAUUUUCAGGGUUUUCGACGCUUGAUAGAGAAGAUACUUUGGAUGAUUCAGACACAGCUCGCUUGACCACUAAUGCGGCAGGCGCUAUGCCCAUCCAAGCCCCAUCACCAGUACAUUAUCCACAGACACCGAAUUAUGUUGAAAGUAACCCAUUUGGACGAUCCGAAUCCAUAUCGGUGCCGACUAUUUACCAUUCAAGGUCUCUCCACGGUAUAUCCAAGAUGAUACGGAGGGUAUCAACUCGAGUAGUCAAUUUGCAAAACCGACGAAGUCGAAGUGAUUUAGAAGAGGAUCGUAUAUUACAGCAGGAGCCAUUGACUGGCCUUCUCACUGCAAACGAAAGAAGACGAUUGGAUGAUGAUAUUGAAAUGACACCAGUUCCAGAACGACAGCUCACUCCAGAUUACGAUUAUCGAAAAGACAAAAAGAGUGCUCAAUCCAUAGGAAGCGAAGCGUCACAAUCCGUUAAGCAAAUCCUAUUAGCAGGAAAGAGUUGUCAUAUAUUCAAUCCAGACAAUUCAUUACGUGUUGCAUUAGCCCGAAUUCUGGCAUGGAGUUGGUUAGAAACACUCAUCAUGGUCAUCAUUGCCUUACACGCUAUUAUUCUCUUCAUUGUGUUUUGGGGUUCUAAUCAGAACCCAACCCCACCGACGUCUUUUGGCGAGACUUGGGAUCAGUAUGCUAUUAUGGCGAUAUUUUGCUUUUAUACUCUUGAAAUGGUGUGCCGAAUAAUAGUGUAUGGAUUUUUCUUCAAUCCACCACUGGUAGCUGUGGCGAAGGAAGCAGGUGAAGGGGAUGAUGUGGUGGAUGAGAAGGAUGCUGCAAAUCGAACGGAUAACCCAGAUAAUACCACGACGUACAUCAAACCUCCCAAUGCCUAUCUGCGACACAGCUGGAAUCGUGUCGACUUUCUCUCAGUCAUUGGUUACUGGGUAGAUUUGAUCCUUCUAUUAUCGCACCAAGAGAUUGCCGGAGACUCACAGCGCAUCCUAGUGUUUAAAAUGCUGUCAGCCAUUCGUCUGUUACGACUGCUUAACAUUACAAAUGGCAACAAGAUCAUUUUACAUAGCUUGAAGAAAUCCGCCCCUCUUCUGGUUAACGUCAUGUUCUUUGUGUGCUUCUUUUUCGUCAUAUUUGGUAUCAUUGGAGUUCAGGCAUUUCGUGGAUCUUUUUUGAGACAUUGUGUUUGGACAGAUCCAACAAAUGCAACCAAUGUGCAGGUUCUUCAACAGUACUGUGGAGGCUACAUGGAUAAUGGCACUAUAAUGCCUUUCAUUCAAAAGGAUGGAACUCCAGGUUUAUGGUCCAAAGGCUUUAUUUGUUCGCAAGGCCUUCAAUGCAGGGAAACCGAGAAUGCAUUUGGCAACACUGUCAGCUUCGACAAUAUAUUUGAAUCCAUGGAAAUUGUUUUAAUCAUUGCCGGAGUUCAAAGUUGGACGGAUCGUAUGUACGAUAUGUGCGAUGCGGAGUAUCUUGUGGCCAGUUUAUACUUUAUUGUCAUUGUCAUCAUUAUGAACUUUUGGUUGAUCAACCUUUUCGUUGCUGUCAUUAACGAAAUGUUUGCGAAAGUUCGUGAAGAUUCAAAACACUCGGCAUUUACAAGCUCAAGAGCUAAACCUGUGUUGAAUGACAAUGAAGAAGGCUGGUCUUUCCGAGAGCAAGGUCAAGCUGCGAAGAAACCCAAGAGAGCGACCUGGCUGCAACAAUUUGUUAAAGUAUCAUCUCCGAUUUGGGUCGUUCUAGUUGCAAUUGAUCUUAUUGUUAUGGGCUGUAAGAAUUUUGGAAUGUCAGCGGACGAAUUAGCACUUUUAGAUCGAAUUGAACUUGGUUUCACUCUUGCUUUCAUGGUAGAAGCUUUGAUUCGCUUUGCCAGCUACUUUCCAGAGUGGAGAUCCUUCUUCAAUGAGACAAGAAACAGGACAGAUAUGUUAAUUGCUGUGGUUACUUGCAUCAUCCAAUUACCACCUAUUCAUGGGAACUCCAUCGCGUACUCUUGGCUCACGGGAUUCCAAAUCAUUCGAAUAUACCGUGUAUUGGUAGCUUUUCCAAGGAUGCGAGCCAUCAUAUCUCGCAUCCUGGGUAGUGUCUAUGGUUUAAUGAACUUGGUGUUCUUUGUGGUUCUCGUUACUCUUAUCUGUGGUAUGGUGGCAAUACAACUCUUGGAAGGGUCAAUGAAUGACAGUGGCGACGAAAUGAGAUUCUACUCAGUGUAUAACGCAUUUGCUGGCCUAUAUCAGCUAUUCUCGGGAGAAAAUUGGACGGAUGUAUUGUAUGCAUCCAUGGAAGCAGGCUAUCCGACUAACAAUAGCGCGGUCAAUGCUAUUUUCCUGUGCAUUUGGUUUUGUUUCUCCAACUUCGUGCUCGUCAAUAUGUUCAUUGCGAUUAUUAUGGAAAACUUUGAGACAGCUGAAGAGGAAAAACGACAACGUCAAGUGCAAGAUUAUCUUAACAAGAAUGAUACCAUGAUAUUGGAAGAUGCACCUAUUGCCAGUCGGUGGAAUCUCUUCCGAUAUCUCAAACCCAAACCCAAAGGUCUUGCUCUCGAUAAUAUGCCUAGUGGCCUAGUGCUUUCGACUCAAAAAGAAUAUGUGCGAGAAUUUUUGGUGGAUUCCAGUAGAGGCAAUGCAAUUCCUAUUGAACAGCCAUAUAUCAAAAUCACCGCCGAUGAUCAGUCCUCUGUAUACCAAGCUGAGAGUAAAAGUUCCUUCAGUAAUGCCUGGCACGGUUUCAAGAAGUAUUUCAAUGUCGAAAAAAGCUAUGCUGCUUAUCCGCUAAAAAACAUACGCAAAAGCAUGACAUUCGAUGCUUUGAAUCCGUUGGAAAUCCUGAAUAAUAACAAAAACAAAGACGAGUUUCAAUCAACGGCUAAUGCUCUUCAAAGACUUCAAGUCGAUCCUUCUGUCUUGGAAGCAUUUGUCGUGCGCAAGGUGGAAAAUGCCAGGGAUGAUGUUAUCGAAAGACAGGCGCAAAAAAGAGAAUUCAUUAUGGCUCAUCCAAUGUACGAUAAAUCAUUAUGGAUCUUUUCACCUAGCAACAGAAUUCGUCGAUGGUGUCAAUUGAUUGUGCCCUCACCAAGAGGUCAACGAACUUUUGGAACACAACCCUCAGAAUGGUACAGCACCUUCGUAUCUUCCUUCAUCUUCCUUUGUGUUGCUGUCAAUGUCGUCUUGACGAUUUAUAACACCCCUGUAUACCAACUCUCUCAGCAAGACAACCCUGGACGGCUCAAGCUGUUCAUGUAUCUCGACUGGGGAUUCACCUUCUUUUUCACUCUGGAAUUCCUCAUUCGAAUUAUUGCCGACGGAUUUCUAUUGACUCCCAAUGCUUACCUUCUUAACGGAUGGAACGUACUGGAUUUCUUCGUGUUGAUUACAUUGUACAUGGCCAACUUUGGAACUUUUGCAUUGACUAGCUGGUUGUCCCGCGCGUUCCGUGCAUUCAAAGCGCUUCGAGCUCUACGAUUGAUUAACCUGCUUCCGUCCGCCAAAGAAACUUUCAGUGCUAUUUUAUUCACCGGUCUACCUCGCAUUCUGGAUGCUGCAGCCUUAGGAUUAUGUCUCAUUGUCCCCUUUGCACUGUAUGGCCAAAAUAUCUUUCAAGGCUUAUUCUACAGCUGCAAUGAUAGCGGUGCAUCAGACAAAAUUUCGUGUAUGUUUGAAAGUUCCCUAGGCAUGCAAGCUCCUAUGCCUGAUGGUGCCUCAAUCUAUAUGCCACGCGUAUGGCAGAAUCCAUAUGUUUAUAGCUUCGAUUCCUUUUGGAGUGGGUUGCUGAUCCUGUUCGAAAUUUGCAGUGGAGAAGGAUGGAUCAAUGUACUGAUCACAAGCAUGUCCAUUGUCGGCCCUAAUCAGAAUAGUCAAACGGAUGCCAGCCAAAUGUGGGGCAUCUUCUUUAUGGCCUACAACCUGGCAGGUUCUAUCUUCGUUAUUUCCUUGUUCCUUGGUGUCGUUAUUGAAAACUUUUCAAAGCGAAAUGGAACCGCCUAUCUUACAUCCGAUCAAAGACGCUGGCUGGAUUUGAAGAAGCUUCUUAGUCAAAUUCGGCCCGCCAAGCGUCCAAAGGUCCCCCCUGUCAAUCGUAUGCGACGAUGGUGCUUUGAUUUGGUCGUGGAUAAGACUGGACAAUUCUACAAGAUCAUGACUUGGGUCAUUACCAUCAACAUCCUAGUUUUAUGUACAGAUUCGGUUCUCGAUGAUGAGAUCCAAGCACUUUCCGUGGCAAAGCGUUUUAUCUAUCUUGGUUUCAUUGUGGUGUACCUCUUCGAAAUCAGUGUUAAACUGCUUGGCUUGGGUUGGUAUUCUUUCCGUCAAAAUCUGUGGAACUUGUAUGAUCUGGUCGUCGUUUUUGGAGCGGCCAUUACCCUUAUUGUUACAUUAAGCUUCAGCGAGCUUCAACUCAAUGUUGAAGCACAAAAGCUUUUUAUGACGGCUAUUUGUUUUAAGCUCGUCCAACGAAGUGAUAGCUUGAAUCAACUUUUCACAACUAUGGCGGCUUCUGCGUAUCAAAUCUUGAACGUUUUGGCGGUUUGGUUGAUUGUUAUGAUAUCCUACGCCAUCAUGUUUAUGGAGAUCUUUGGUCUUACAAGAUAUGGUAGUCAAGCCACUACUGAACAUGUCAACUUCAGAGGCUUUGCAAAUGCAAUGGUCUCGUUGGUGCGGUAUUCCACAGGUGAAGGAUGGAACACCGUUAUGCAUGACUUUGCAAUAGAGGCACCGAACUGUGUGGACGCAGAAAACUUUUUGGAAUCGGAUUGUGGAUCGCUCGCAUGGUCGUACUUUCUCUUUCUCUCCUUUAACAUUAUAUCCAUGUACAUAUUUACGGGUAUUCUAGUUGCCGUCGUAUCCGACAACUUCGCCUACGUAUACCAAAUUGCAGCCAAUUUCUCAUUGGUUAACCGAGAAGAAAUUCGAAAAUUCAAGAACGCUUGGGCUGAGGUUGAUGUUGAACGUACGGGUUAUAUUCAGCAAAAUGACUAUGUUCGCUUUUGGCAGAAACUGAGCGGCAUGUUUGAUUUGAAAACUUAUAGCGAAGAAUUCAGCAUAAAAAACUUAAUGCAAGAGUGCAGAAGCGUAGAUUCUCCUUCGUUUGUGAUUGAUGACCCGUACAAACUCAAGGUGGAUGUUGCAGUUCUGAAUCAGAAACUACAGCAGAUCGAUAAACGCGAAGUACAUCAGCGGAGACGACUUCUCAAUCGACUAUUUUGGGAGAGUGUGGCAUCCGAGUCGUCCAAAGGCAUAUCGUUCAACAACAUGCUACUUAUGCUUGCUCAAUAUAAGCUGAUUGUACCAGAAAAUGCUCUAGUCUUGGAGGAUCUUUUACAGAAUGCCAAAAAGCAGGAGACUGUCGAGGUUCUUGUCAAUAUUGAGCGUGUUCGAGGUCUCAUAUGGACGGUUGUUCAGCGCAAAAAGUUCCUUCAACAUUUGGAAGCAAAGAAAACUAUGGAGAAGCGAGCUAGGACUGCUUUAUUGCCUGCUAUCCUAGUUGACAAUAUUCACGACACCAUGCCUUCAUAUGAAGGGGCUUCAAACAACAGUCCCGUUUCUGGAUCUUCUGUUGCUAUCAUGAGCGGUCUUGCGUCCCCAGUAUCGCCAACAAACGAUAGUGCGUUGUUGGAUUAUUUCUGGCACCGCGACUUUGUCGACCCCACCAUCACAGCGAGCACCAAUAGCCUGAGUGACCAGGAGGACCAGUCCGAUGGAGCACGCGAAUCAGAAGACCACUUUGGACCUAAUAAUCAUUGGCAAGACCUUUUGAAGGAAGCCGAAAAUGAUCCAUAACAGAGUCUAGCAUCACCUUUUUAUUUCAUCUAUAACCAAUAUUUUUAGAGCCUGCAUUCCUCAUCAUCAGCUAUGAUUCCCCUGUAUUAUAAAAUUUCCAUACCCGUUGACGCUCAUACUCACAGUAAAAGGAAUCAUUUCUACAUAUCCGAAAUCUUUCCAAUUUCGCUUAGAG